GGUAAAUACCAAUCCAGCGGCGAAUCAUUUAAAUGAAUCAAUCGGCUCCGAACUACUGAUUCGGAACAGAAGAUCCGGAACUCUUGGAUACUUUUUGAAACUCGCCGGAUGUAUUUUUGAGGCGCACCGCAGCACAAGCGCCACACUCCAAAUCCACCCUAAUUAUUUUUUAACGUGUUAUUUUCUACUUUAAUGCAACAAGUCCCGAUUUAUAACGCUAGAAAAAAAAAACACGUCUGUAUUAAUUAUGUCAAUAAAUCAUUAGCAGUUUUGCAGUGAACUUAAGCUGUAAUUUAGUAGCUCUGAUCGACAGGAGCUGCAGUUAAAAUGAUCCCUCAUAUAAACACCAGAAACGCUUUCGCAACUGUGCCUCGUGUUUGCUUCGCCUCGCUCAUCGCUGUAGUGUUAAAUGUGGGGUUUUGUGGGAGUGCAGAGGUUGAUGCGGGGAAGUGUGUGGUUUGGGGUCCUGGACUGAGUCCUGCUGCUGUACUUCCGGUCAGAUACUUCUACAUCCAGAGCGUGGAUUCACUGGGACACAACAUCAGUGUCUCUCCCGUGAAAGACUCGUUCAGAGUGAAGAUAUGGUCUCUGGAGAAGGAGUCUGUUCGUGUCCAUGUCCCGGCUCCUUUAGAUCGGGGCGACGGCUCUCUGCUGGUCAGAUACAGACUCUAUGAAAGCUCCUCCAAGGGUCUGAGGAUUGAAGUCUUGUAUCAAGACAAGCCCGUGGCAAACUCGCCGUACACUCUUAAAGGUCCGGUGUAUCACGAGUACUGUGUGUGUCCCGAGCGGGAUGUGCUGGUCUGGAGGAGCGCUCUGCAGUGUCCCGAGGACGAGCCGCAGAUCCGGCAGGACUUCACGUCCUUCCCCUCCAUCGACCUGCAGCGGCUCCUGCAGGAGGUUCCUCAGCGCUUCUCCAGACGAGGAGGACUCGUUCACUACAGCCUCGUCAAUAACCAGCUGCAUCGCCGCUCGCUGGGCAGGUACACCGACUUCAAGAUGUUCUCCGACGAGAUGCUGCUGUCCCUCGCUCGCAAAGUGAAAUUACCGGAUGUGGAGUUUUAUAUUAACGUAGGAGACUGGCCGAUGGAGAACCGGAAGGCGGGUGAGGAACCCGGCCCGGUGCCGAUUAUCUCGUGGUGUGGCUCCACAGACACGCGUGACAUCAUCCUCCCCACGUAUGACAUCACACACUCGUCUCUGGAGGCCAUGAGGGGCGUCACCAGUGACCUGCUGUCAGUCCAGGGCAACACAGGUCCUGUGUGGUCGAAUAAAACGGAGAAGGCGUUCUUCAGAGGCCGGGACAGUCGAGAGGAGCGUCUGCAGCUGGUAACAAUGUCCAAAGAAAAUCCAGAGCUGCUCGACGCGGGAAUAACCGCAUAUUUUUUCUUUCGCGACCGGGAGAAGGAUCUGGGAAAAGCACCGCUGGUGGGAUUCUUUGACUUCUUUAAGUACAAAUACCAGGUGAACAUGGACGGGACGGUAGCGGCCUACAGGUUUCCGUAUCUGAUGCUGGGGGACAGCUUGGUCUUCAAGCAGGACUCGCCGUACUACGAACACUUUUACACGCAUCUGGAAGCAGAUGUGCACUACAUCCCUGUGAAGAGAGACCUGUCUGACCUCCUCCAGAAGAUCAGAUGGGCUCAGAAGAAUGACACAAAGGCAGAAGCCAUAGCGAAGACCGGACAGUCGCUGGUCAGAGAUCUGCUUCAGCCUCACAGACUCUACUGCUACUACUACAGCGUACUUCAGACGUACGCGGCUCGUCAGAGCACACGGCCUGCGGUUCAUCCCGACAUGGAGCUGGUUCCUCAGCCGUCUGAUCACAGCGCUCUGUGUGACUGCCAGCGGUCUCCGGAGGAGCAGAAGAGCGAGCUCUGAGAACAGCUGCCAUCCCACCCAAACUCAUUCAAACAGUGCCACCGAAUCAGAAUUAAAGAUGGAGGACGGUCAAAUGUUUAACAGAUAAUUAUGUGCAUUAAUCUCACUCUUUUGAAUGAUGUUCUUUUGAUUUUCUCACUUUUGCAUUUCCUUUUCUUUUUACACUUUGCACCUGAUUUCAGAUACUUAGUUCUGUGAGAAGUAAACAAAUGAGUUUUUUCUUUCGUUUUUUUUUUUUUAAUCAAAUGUGUGACCUUGGAGCAUCAAUGUUUUGAUUUUUUUGCUUCCUAGGAUUUAAUUGUGUAACAAGGUUGAGGAAAAUCAUUUGUCACGUGAAACGGGGUCAGAUUUGUUUUAAAUGAAGCUAAUAUAAGCUAAGCAUUAUUCUGCGCACGUGAUGUUCUCGCACCACGCUCCAAACACUACAAUAUCUUACUGAAAUAUCAAACAUGCUUCAAAACAUUGGGUUCUUUGACGGCUGUGCUGCUGGUGAGGUGAUGAUAUACGACUCAAACCUCCGUCAAAGAUCUGUGAACAAACUCAAGCCUGACUGAAGUGAUGUUUUGUGCUCUUGCCUUAAACUUAAACACACUGCAUUGGAUUCGUGUUCAUUUGUGCCAGAUCAGCUCGAUCUCAUGGGAAAACACAGCUGCAGUAUUUUAUCAUGUGCUGAUUUUGUAUGAAUUUGUGCUUUGUGAAUCAUACAAAAACUAGAUUUUUUAGAAAUGAAGCAUGAAGGUCCAGCCCUACUGCUACAAUUUUACAAAUUCAUACAAAUUAGCCACCGGUUUGCCAAAAUGUGAACUGUCAUUUGUGACUUAAAUAACUCUAAUACAUUUUCUGUUGUGAUCUGGACAUACUUUUGUAUUAAGUGUUUUUAUGUAUGCAUUAAAGUGUUCACCCAAAAAUAAAAAUUUGCUGAAAAUUUACUCAA